AUGGACACACAAUUCUUCCGAGAAUCAACAGCACCCGACAUCGACAUGGACGAAGCCGAUUUUGGCCUGCAAGAAGUGGACGCCCUCGAGGCGAUUGUCAUCGUCGACAAUGAACUGGAUCCCAUGUCUCCGCCGGCCCCAGAGACCGUCCAGAUCACAGGCAACUUGGGACACAUCGCCAUGAAAUCGGAGCAUACACUCACCGACCGCGGUGGUGCUUGUAAAGAACUGCAGAUGGAAGAUAUAUGCUGCUCGGCGCAUGGGCUAUCAAUCCUAGUAACAGCCACGAAGGGCAACAAGAAGCAUUCAGUUCUCUUUGAUACUGGGCCUGAAGAAGACGUUUGGGAGAGAAAUGUCAAGCGGUUACGCCCGGAUCUCUCGUCUGUCGAGGUUAUUCAAUUAUCACAUUGGCAUCGAGAUCACUCCGGCGGCCUUCUUCGAGCUAUUAAGAUGAUCAAGGAAGCCCGCUCAGAGAACCUGGUUGUGGACGUACAUCCAGACCGGCCGGUCUAUCGAGGCAUUUCGCUCCCAGAGCACAUAAUCUCCCUCCAAGCAGAUCCCACCUUCGAAGAAAUCCAAACAAGCGGCGCAACCCUCAUCAAAGACGAAAACCCCAAGACCAUUCUUGACGACUUCUUCCUUGUCUCAGGCGAGAUACCACGCGUGACGCCGUACGAAACAGGCCUCAAGAAUGCAGUGCGCUACGACCCCGAAGAAAAAGACUGGUUCUCCGACGAAGUCAUUGCCGACGAACGCUUCCUCAUGUGCAACCUCAAGGGCAAAGGCCUUGUUGUCUUCACAGGCUGUAGCCACGCCGGCGUAGUGAAUACCGUCAAGAGCGCCGUCCAGCUCGGCGGCGGCGCACCGGUCCACUGCGUCGUCGGUGGGUAUCACCUGUCCAUGAGCGAGCCGGCGCAGGUACAGAGCACCGUUGCCGAUCUGAAACGGCUGGAUCCUGCAGUACUCAUGCCAGGGCACUGUACGGGCUGGCGGGCGAAAUUCGCCAUCGAAAAGCACAUGCCCGGUGUCAUGGUUCCUUGCACGGUGGGGACGAAGAUUGCAUUUUAG